CUAUUUGACGCGUCACUGUUAUUGAUUUUCGGUAUUUUCGUUUUAACCAUCAAAUCGUUUUUGGCGUGUAUGGUUGCCAAUUUUAUCAAUUGAUUGAUUGAUUGAUUUUUUUUAGGGAAAACUUUGAUCGUUUCAAUUUAGGAUUUUGUAAAGAAAAACAUUUUUUUUGUCAAUUUGAGCCAUCAUUGUCAUUAUCAUCAUCAUCAUCAUCAAGUCAACAUGUCGAUCAUGGAUGCUUUAGGUCUUGGAGAAUUGACACGAAUGAGUAAACGACAGGUCCUGUAUCAAUUUUUAAAUUUCGGUAUGAUUAUAUCAUCAGCAAUGAUGAUUUGGAAAGGAUUAAUGGUUGCAACCGGUAGUGAAUCACCAAUUGUUGUCGUUCUUAGUGGUUCAAUGGAACCUGCAUUCCAUCGUGGUGAUCUAUUAUUUUUGACCAAUUAUAAAGAAGAUCCGAUUCGUGUUGGCGAUAUUGUUGUGUUCAAAAUUAAAGGCCGCGAUAUACCAAUUGUGCACAGAGUUUUAACCCUCCAUGAAAAGGAAGAUGGAUCGGUAAAAAUAUUGACCAAAGGUGAUAACAAUUCGGUUGAUGAUCGUGGUCUUUAUGCACCUGGACAAUUAUGGCUAGAGAAAAAAGAUAUUGUUGGACGUACUAGAGGUUUUGUUCCGUAUGUCGGUAUCAUAACCAUUCUGAUGAAUGAUUAUCCUAAAUUGAAAUAUGCUGUACUCGGUAUACUUGCGUUAUUUGUUUUGGUUCAUAGGGAAUGAAAAAUUGAAAAUGAAUUUAUCUUUUUUUUGAUCUUUGUAUUAUGGUUGCCGAAGGCUUUUUUUUUUUUUU